AUGACAACACAUAUAAUCAGCAAGAAAAAUGCGACAACAUCAGCAUCUACUACAAAUUAUCAUCCCAUGGUGUCAUCAAAUUUUACAAUGAAUCAUAAACGACGUGAAACAUCCACAGGAGAAGAUUCCGGUGUUCAAACUGAUCACGAUAGUACAAGUAAAAGUGUCCGUUCACCGCGCACGAGCCCAUCGGAUCUAGUAUCUUCUCUACUACCAUCUACGUCCAAAGCAAUCGGAACAACGACGGCGCCGAAUCCCCAUUCCGUAACUCUAUCAAGUGACGGCGAUAGUACGAUGGUAACAACAUCGACUCUGAUUCCACCUUUCAUCGAUGGUAAACUACUGUCCUCAUCUACGUUGCUACCUCGAAAAGAUUCGAAUGCAUCAAGUUCAGAUGCUUUUUCCGAAAUAUCUCGAUCGUUUGGAUGCGAAGAAAACUCGACCGAUUCACUCUAUGGUCUAUCGUCAACACCGGCAAAAACCACACCUCAGUCAUCACAUUAUGUGAUCAAAUGUAAUCUAACUCCGAAAUCUUCGACAUCGAACUCGAAUACGUCUUCAACAUCGAUUCCCUCGACUCUUUCGCCAGUGCCAGUCACACCGCGCGUUAAAGUGACCGUUCAACAAGCCUCGAUAACGAAACAUUCGUCACAGUUUGAUUCUUCGCCUGAAUCAGUCCCAUCGUCGACAUCAUCUUUAUCGCUUCUCAAAACUCCAUUAUUAACUACUUUACCGAUGUUUUCGUCAUCAUCGAUCAUGACGACGAGCACAGCAUCAAGUGCACCUGAGUUUUCAAUAAGUGGAACAUCAAGUAUCGAUGAUUCCGAAGAGUUAGCACUAUAUGAACAAUAUUUAACAUUGUCUCACGUAAGGCAAUCGAAUCCGUCGCCGGAGAUGCGUAAAAAGACGUUCGAAAAUUGGCUUGACGUACAACAAAGAGCUUUACCACGUAGUAAAAGUGAAGUGACAACAACACCAACGGAACAGGCAUCAUCAUCAUCAUCCUCGUCGUCACAUCAACUGCAAACAACAGCAGCAACUAGUCAAAUAAGACCGCAAGAAUUACUUUGUGAUCAAUGGAAAAUAGAAAAAGAACUCGCAAUAUACGUUAGUGAAGACGACGAUUCAAACAAUCGUGUAUCAGCAAUAAGUAAUUCAUCAACGACAGAUAUGACAAAAAAGAAGAAAUCUAAAGCAGCAAUAAUAGCAAAAGAUUUCAAAUCACGUGCGGCUAAUUUGAUUCGACGUCGUACAACCGAAGCCACUCUGUCCGAAAAAAGUCUCAUACCAUCACGAGAAGACGUUCAACUAUGGGAAGAAUCAUUCGAUGCACUUCUUCGACAUCGAUAUGGGCAAGCGUUAUUCCGUGCAUUUCUACGAACAGAAUUUAGUGAAGAAAAUCUCGAGUUCUGGCUUGCAUGUGACGAUUUUCGAACUUGUAAAGAGCCGAAACGUUCUGCAAAAGCAAAGAAAAUUUACAUGGAUUUCAUUGCUAUUGGUGCCCCAAAACAGGUGAAUCUUGACACUGAGACUCGCAUGUCAACUAUAGCAAAUAUUGAUAAUCCACCGUUAGAGACAUUUGAUCGUGCUCAACGACGUAUCCAAGGACUAAUGGAAAAAGAUUCCUAUCAACGUUUUCUGAAAUCCGAGUUAUAUAUAAAUUUGCUACGUCGUACAACUUAUCCCGUGCAACGACGAACGACAGCCGAAAUAUCAAAGUCAUCCUGA